AUGCAGAUCUUCGUCAAGACUCUGACCGGCAAGACCAUCACCCUCGAGGUGGAGUCUUCCGACACCAUUGACAACGUCAAGGCCAAGAUCCAGGACAAGGAAGGCAUUCCUCCUGAUCAGCAGCGUCUCAUUUUCGCCGGAAAGCAGCUCGAGGACGGACGAACGCUCUCGGACUACAACAUCCAGAAGGAGUCGACCCUCCACUUGGUUCUCCGUCUUCGUGGUGGUAUGCAGAUCUUUGUCAAGACCUUGACCGGCAAGACCAUCACCCUCGAGGUCGAAUCGUCGGACACCAUCGACAACGUCAAGGCUAAGAUCCAGGACAAGGAAGGCAUUCCCCCUGAUCAGCAGCGCCUUAUCUUCGCCGGCAAGCAGCUCGAAGACGGCCGCACCCUCUCCGACUACAACAUUCAGAAGGAAUCCACACUCCACCUUGUCUUGCGACUCCGUGGUGGUAUGCAGAUUUUCGUCAAGACGCUCACAGGAAAGACCAUCACCUUGGAAGUCGAGUCUUCGGACACGAUCGACAAUGUCAAGGCCAAGAUCCAGGACAAGGAGGGUAUCCCUCCCGACCAGCAGCGUCUCAUCUUUGCCGGCAAGCAGUUGGAGGAUGGCCGCACCCUGAGCGAUUACAACAUUCAAAAGGAGAGCACCCUCCACCUUGUGUUGCGAUUGCGCGGAGGUAUGCAGAUCUUUGUCAAGACACUCACCGGCAAGACGAUCACAUUGGAAGUCGAGUCUUCGGACACGAUUGACAACGUCAAGGCCAAGAUUCAGGACAAGGAAGGCAUUCCCCCUGACCAGCAGCGACUCAUCUUUGCUGGUAAGCAGCUCGAGGAUGGCCGUACUCUGUCGGACUACAACAUCCAGAAGGAGAGCACUCUGCACCUCGUCCUCCGUCUGCGUGGCGGUAACUGA